AUGGGCGAGCCCGGCCUCCCGGCCAACACCAACACGCACCCCGACGGAAGCACCAGCACCUGGGUCUGGCUGGGAGAGCCCCCUGUAUCCAACUCCGCCGGACACAAACCCCAGAACCACCAGACCCACCAGAACCACCAGACCCACCAGAACCACCAGACCCACCAGACCCACCAGACCCAGGGAGGGUGGGACGAGCCAGCCAUGAAGCCCGGCCACCCCUCUCAGAGCUGGGGAGACCCGGCCGAGUGGGGUAAAGAUCCAGACGCCAACCCAGACCAUAGAGGACCUCCACCAGGCGGUGCCCACCCCCCCAAACCCAGCGGAUGGACUGGGGUGGCGGUCCCAGCUGGACCCUCCCACAAGGAGGAGGAGUCGUCGACAGGGUGGGAGGAGCCUAGUCCAGAGUCGGUGAGGAGGAGGAUGGACAUCGAUAAUGGCACCUCGGCGUGGGGAGACCCCAGCAACUACAACUGUAGCGGGGUCAAUAAGUGGAACAAGACCAGCCAAUCAGAGCAGGAUGCCAUGGUCACGACCAAACCCCCCCAGCCCCAGCAGCAGCCCCCACCACCCCUGAACAACAUGGCCAACAAGGACAAGACCUGCAGCUCUGGUUGGGGUGAACAGUACACAGGUCCCCAGAAGAUGGAGUCAGGAACGUGGGGUGAUCCGCCAGGCCCCCCCGUCUCUGUGGACAACGGGACAUCGGCCUGGGGGAAACCCAUGGACACCAGCUCCACCUGGGAGGAGCUGAGAGACAGAGGGGACAGAGACAGAGGGGACAACUCUGCGACAGGAGGCUGGGAAGGACCUGGAGCACAGAACCACCACAAACCUGGUCCCAAGCCCAUGCAGCAGGAGAGUAGUACCUGGUGCGGGGAGGAGGUGUCGUGCCAGGCCAGUUGGGAACCGGAGGAGGAGCUGGAGAUCGGGAUGUGGAGUAACACCCCAAGUCACCGAGACCGGGACAGAGAGAACCACAGAGACCGGGACAGAGACGGUCACAGAGAGAACCACAGAGACGGCCACGGUCAGGACAACAGGAACAGCGGGCCACAGCAACACAGCUGGAACUACAUGAAGAAAAUCCCUCCCAAGAUCAACAAAUCGGUGAACAAGCAGGAGGAUGCCUGGAUGAACCAGUUCGUCAAACAGUUCAACAACAUGAGCUACCCUAGAGACUCUCCUGAAGACUUGUCGAAGAGCAAUAAGAUGGAAGGAGGAGGGAUGAUGUCUGACAAGCGUAUGGAUGUGAACAUGGGAGAGUACAGUGGAGCGAUGGGGAAAAACUCAGCUUCCAGGCACCAGACCCACAAAGAGCCUUCCAUGGAGAGAAGCCCUUACUACGACAAGAAUGUAAACUCCAUGUAUGGCAGCAGUGCAGUACCAUCUCAUAACGCUCCCCUCAACUCAGCCCAGAACAAUCUCCGUAACCAAGUGCCUCCACCCGUCCUGUCCUCUCAGGUCCCUCCCUCUCUCCUGAAGUACCCUCCCAGUGCAGGAGGUCUGAACCUGUUUGGUCCACAGCAAGUAGCUGUCCUCAACCAGCUGUCUCAACUCAACCAGCUGUCUCAACUCAACCAGCUUAACCAGUUACAGCGUCUCCUCCUCCAGCAGUCUCAGCAGCAGAGUCAGAGACAGAUGCCUGUUGGACAGCAGCAGAGUCACAGACCCAUGCCUGUGGGACGCCAGCAGGACCAGCAGGGCCGUCCUAUUGGUUCGUCCCAGUCGAUGAUGCAGCCUCCGCAACACCUCGACCACUCCCUCUUGAAGCAGAACCCCGCCCACCAGCCCCUCAAGUCCUACAUGGACAACUACAUGCCCCAGAAUGCAUCUGAGCUGCAGAAGGAGCCCAACCACAUGGGCUCCUUUACCAACUUCCCUUUAGGCUUGAACUCUAACCUGAAUGUAGGCCUUGACACGGGGUCUGGCUGUAAGGAGCCUCAGUCUCGUCUGAAGAAGUGGACGGCCUUGGACGUGUCUGUUAACUCACCUCUGGAGCACAAGCCUGGUGUCUCCAUGUCGUCUGGGCGUCUGGAGGAUUCUCCCUUCGGUCCCUAUGACUUCCUGUCUGCUGGCUCCGCCCCCCUAUGCUCUCCCGGCCAAUCAAUGGGCUCGGUGGGCGACAGCUGGCCCCCUCGUGCCAAAUCCCCCCAUGGAAACACCAAUGUUACCUGGCCCCCAGAGUUCCGGCCCGGGGAGCCAUGGAAAGGUUACCCCAACAUCGACCCUGAGACUGACCCUUUCGUGACCCCUGGUAGUGUCAUCAACAACCUCUCCAUCAACACGGUCCGCCAUAUAGACCACCUCAGAGACCUGACAGGGCCAUCCUCAUCUCUGAACACCACGAUGCCUUCAAACAGUGCCUGGUCAUCUAGUCGUGCCUCCAGCCACAGUGGUUCACUCACCAGUACAACACAAAGCACUACGGUCAGGUCCGGAGAGUCUAAAUGGUCUCCAGCAGGAUGUAAUUCCUCUCUGGCCCAUGAGCUGUGGAAGGUCCCUCUGGCUCCUAAAGGUCUUUCAGCCCCUUCCCGCCCCCCUCCCGGCCUCACCAACCAGAAACCCCCUCCACCCUGGGGAAGCCCUCUCCGCUUGGGGGGCUGGGGGCACUCUGACUCCAGAUACACACCUGGGUGUAGUUGGAGUGACGGUAGCAGCAGCUCAGGGAGAACCAACUGGCUCGUUCUCAAGAAUCUCACAACUCAGAUGGAUGGUUCUACUCUGAGGACUCUCUGUAUGCAACAUGGUCCUCUGAUUACAUUCCACCUCAACCUGCCGCAGGGCAAUGCUGUCGUGUGUUACAGCUCCAAGGACGAGGCAGCCAAGGCACAGAAGAGUCUGCACAUGUGCGUACUAGGGAACACUACCAUUCUGGCUGAGUUUGCCAGUGAGGAGGAAAUCAACCGUUUCUUUGCACAAGGUCAGUCAUUGGCCGCUGCCUCCCCGGGCUGGCAGGCCAUUGGCUCCUCUCAGAGCCGAAUGGGCGGAGCCUUGGAGGGUUCCCACCCCUUCCCCAGCCGCGCCCCGGAGCCCAGUCAAUGGAACGUCAGCGACCUCCAUAGCUCCUCCCUUUGGGGCGGGUUGAACUAUUCCACUAGCCUAUGGGGCGCCAGCGAGGGCGGGAGGAUCAACAGCCCUUCUCCAAUCAGCUCCUUCCUCCCCGUGGAUCACCUGACAGGGGGCGGGGACUCCAUGUAAAGCCCGUGUCAGUCGAGUGUCAAACGCUGGAUUAGGAUUAGGAUUAGGAUUAGGAUUAGGAUUAGUAUUAGGAUUAGUAUUAGGAUUAGGAUUAGGAUUAGGAUUAGUAUUAGGAUUAGGAUU